AAUCAGAUCCCAAACCAUGGUCAUCUUCACACACACACAAAUAAUAAUAUGAUCAUUAAUUCUUUUUCUUCCUUCUUCUUCUUUCUUCUGUAUACUCAACUACAUACAUACAUUACUGUCAUAUAAAAUAUGAAGAGGGGUAAAACUGCAUUGACUACCUGCAUAGCAACAUGCCAAACCCGGGCCGAUCGCAACGCAGCUCAUCAUCUGACAGUUGUUGGAAUAUCUCCCUUCCCUUCUAGACCACCCCCGUCAGUGCCCCCUUUUUCAGGGUUCAAUAAAUACUAUUCAAAGCUGCCCCACAGUCCUCGUCACCGUAGUUGCUUGCCCCUCUUAUGUUGGAGAUUAACAAGCACACCUCCUGAAACAAUAGCAGAAUAGUUAUCAUAUUUUUUACGCAGAGAAAGGCAGAAAUCACAGAUAGAUAGAAUACCUUGUAGGUUAUUAUUAUUAUUAUUAUAGUAGGUAUGAAACUAUCGGAAAACGUCCUGCCAAGUGUCCCUCUCUAUCUCUCUCUGCCUUAGGAUAAUACACAUCACAAUCCCUCCUGCAAAAGCAGUCAUGCCUAGCUACUACAAAGUAUAACGUUCAUUCAGACAGCAAUAGAGAAAUCCAAU